AUGAUUCUGGACUCGAUCAUUCUGGGCCAGCUCACUUUGGAUCACCCACCCAACUUUAUCAAGCAAAUUCUCCCACCCGACGAAAUCGCCAUCUUUAGUGAUCAGAUGCGAGUGCACUAUGGCUACUUGCAAGUACCACUCAAAGCAUCCAUGAAGAUUUCCCCAGACGUGACAAGCCCAGCGCUUGGACGUCAGUUCUUCCCUGCCAACCCCAAGACCUACACGGCAGCAGUCACGGAAUGCGACAAAUUCCGCGGAGACUUGCACUCAUGUCACAUCCACCCUGAAGGACGCAAGCUCAUCGUUCUGUUUAACUCAAAAGUCAAAGCAGCCCACUGGCGAGACCGCCUCAUCCCCCUCCGUGGCCAACCAACGACUCUCCGUCAUUAUCGCCGGCCCGAAGACCCUCUCACGGCACUGGAUACCGCAGCGACGGAACAAAGCAUGGUUUACAGUUUCCGGCUCCUUCAUGUGCCUACCAACAUCAAAGCCCUUCAGAUAUGGGAACUCUUGACAGCACUGGACAUCGACAUCCGCAGCAUUGACCAAGCACAAAACCUGGGCAGCGGGGAAUCAGAUGUCAACAGAUUCCUGGUCGUCACUGGGACCCCUCACAUCCCUUCCUCCUUGGCUGGUCGAACGCGCAUCGCGAUCGGCACGGUCAAGGUUGGCAUCUACCAUUUUCAGGACUCUGGCAAUAUGCCAUAUCGCAAAUGUGCAGCGUUGGACCAUCCAGUUGAACGUUGUAACAACCCUAACGUCCAAUCGGCACGAAUUAUCCUCAUGCCCCCUGACAUGUGGAUCACCCCUAAGAGUUGUGCGGUACACGGCCUUGCGUCCUUCGCCGACUGGCGUCUCAAAGCGCAACCCUUCGUUGCACCUAAAACGAUAUCCACUCAAACGGCCGCAAUGGCAGCCACACAUGAAGCCGGAUCACAAGCCACCAUGAUCCUUCACCUCACCCAUCGGCCCACCCGGUCGAAACCCGCCUGCAUCCCACGUCCGACAGUUCAUUAG